ACAACGACCCUCGGUCCUGUUCGUCCCAACCUUAGUUUAUCUUUUGACGUAAACACACCUCUAAAUCUUCAUCUGUUAAUCGGAAAAGAUAAUAAUUGCUGUCCGAUUCAGCGCUCGCUGGGUCCCAUUGCGGAAACGUCUCGUUCGCGGCUGAUUUUCGAUCAGGUCGGAGGCCUACCAUUACUGGGGUGCCUUCCCAAAUCCGGACUUCGUCGCAUUUUCGAGUCGGAUUCGGACUGAAUCGUUUUUCUAUUUGCCCCGGGAUUCUGAACCGUGUGUAGAUUGGAAGCGAAUCGGGCAGCAGCUUGAUUCUGCUUCACGAUCGUCAUCGAAGCAGAGUCGAGCGUGCACGUGGGCAAAGAUGAUGCUGCAUUUUCCGGACCCGGCGAAGCUCAAAACCAAGAAGAUUGUGUUUGAAGAGGUUUUUGCGGCUCUUGACUGUGGCACGCUGGAGCAACUGAAAGAGUUAAGCUCUAAACGACGGGCCAUCGAGGAAACUAUAAAUGCUACAAGCUCGAUUACCGAGGCCAUUGCGAGAGAGAUGUCCGGGGGGCUUACCUCUCAGAAUCAACAGGAUCUCCAAAAGUCGAAACAGUAUCUACCCUUGCUGGAGAACCUAGUUUUCCAUGUCGACAUGGCUAGCAACAACACCCAGAUGGUUCGUUGGAUUUCAAACCUUAGAAUUCAGUGGGCGAGUGCUCUUACUGGCACAUUGCCUUUUCUGAAUCUCAUGGGUCCAAAGUACUUCCAAGUGAAUGACAUUCGGUUUGAGCUCGGAAUGAACCUCUUCCUUUACGGUGCAAUUCUUCGUGAGAGGGCAGUAGAAGUAAUGCCUGAAGAUCUGGUGCAGUCUGCUACCCUCUUCAGAGAAGCUGCUGGAGUUUACCAUCAUCUCUCUCAUUGUGUUCUGUCUUCAUUACAAUCUGCUAACUCUGUUCAGAGGCCACCCGAAGCUACAUCAUAUUUUACCACUGUUAUGAGCCUGAUUUGUUUGGCUGAAGCCCAGAUUGUAACUAUAAUGAAGGCUGAAGAGAAAAGAACUACUGCAGGUCUUUUGGGUAAGUUGCAUUAUGGCGUUUCAGAGUUUCUUGAUGAAGCCACGUGUUUGCUAACUAGUGAACUCAAGGAUAUUUCAGCUCGUCUUUUGGAAUAUAUGUCAUCUUGCAAAGCCUUGCAUGAGCUAAGAAGCCAAAAGUACCUCGCAGAAGAGCUGAGGACGGCUGGCCAAGUCGGGGUUGCCAUCGGAGUUCUCUCUGAAGCAUUGAUCAAUGCGAAAAAGAGAAUUCCUGGGGAAGAGUCAUGGAAAGUCAUAGUCAAGAAAGAAAUCGAUGAGGCUACCGAAACUCUGAGGAAGUUGGAGCACGAGAAUGAGUUUGUCUGGCAUGAGAAGAUCGCUUCGGGUGAUGAGUUGCCGUUGCCUCAGGGUAGCCGGAUCGUGAAGAUCAUACCUUACCAUCCCACCAGAUGCGAGACACCACUCGUUUUCAAGUUGUAGAGUACAGAGACGACUGGGAAGGAUUCUUGUAUAUUCACACGUCCUGUUAGGGAGAAAGAGAUGGUUUUAAUGUGCAGAAUGAACGAUGGGAAUUGAAAAUUUUGGUUUCAUCCUCCACGAUCUCUCGGUUCUUUUUCAAAGGCCAGAUGUGCUAGGGAGCAUAUAAAAUCUGUGCCGUGCAUUCCCUACUUGUAGGAAUUCAAAUCGCGUCAACUAAUAGGGCGAUUUAUUGUU